GCUCGACACUUCUUGCACACUAUCACCCCCUCGAAUACCAUCGUCCAAUGAAUCCCCGCAGGGUGCUUCGCCAAAGUAUCCAGCAUUUCAAAAUCUCAGCUCUGACUGUAUCGCCCAUCUACCUAGUUUAUUGUUGUCGACGUAUCCGCGCUGACAAUCGCGGGUGUCAUCAUGGCUGGCUGGCUGGCAUGACAGCAUGCAAAUGUACAUGUAGCAUGACAUCCAGAAUAGCACUUGCGGAAAAAAUCACAAGAAUCCAUGCAAUCGGCUCAAAUCAGUACCGACGAUAUCGAUGCCUGUGCCGUAAAUAUCAUGGAAUAUCCAAGCCGAAACUCGACGACAUGACGACAACGGCAUUGUCCGGAAAGUACUGCCUUGUCCCCACCGUAAUUUCCCCCCCUUCUUCUCUACAUUACACAUGUUUUGCAAAGAAAAAAAUUAUCGGGUAG